AUGCGUUAAAACAACUCAACUAAAAGGACAAUUGAAAAGUAAAAGAAGCUUUUAAUAAAGAAAAUAAUGAGCUGGGUAAGAUAAUCCUUCAAUAAUCGAUAAAUUGGAUUUCAUCCAUUUGUUUUAUGUGUUUCAAUAAAGCCAAGUAUUAAUCAAAGAUGUGCAACAAUACAAAGUUAUCCAAAUUAGGAGCUAUGGAAAAGUUUACAUUCUCUCUAAGAUUAAGAAUUAUUGUAGUAAAUUAUUCAGGAAGUAUCUGAAAAAACAUUUAAACUAAAAGAAAAAUAUGAUUAUUCUAUUAUAUAAGAAUUUUUAAAUAGAAUUAAGAACAACUUUGAUUUUUGUAAGUUUUAUAAGGAUACUUAAGAUAUUAAUUUUGAUUCAGAUGAACAUGUCUCAAACUCUACAGAAUUAAAUGAAAAUUUUUAAAUAAAAUAAUUCUAGAAAAGUGAAAGUGAGUCGAAGUAAUUACUCCAAUAAAUUGAAUUAUGUAAUUCUAAAAAGGGUUCAAUUAUUACUAUUGAAAAGUAGCAUUAUCAUAAACUUUCUUAAUUAUUCGAAAAAAUAUGUUUAGUACCAAAAUAAUUAUAAUCUAUUGAAAUGAAAAAAUUUAAGAAUUAAUUAUAAUUACUUUUAGAAUCUACUUAAAAUCCAAAAGAAAAGUAAAUAUGUGUUUAAAAUGAAUUUCAAACUGAAAAAGUACCAAAUUCUAUUCAGAAUUUAGACAUAUAUGUCGAUUAAUUAAAAAAUAAAUUUCAAUAAGAAAUAAUAGAUGAAGUCUUACAAAUAGCUCCAGGUCUAGUAUUAUUCCUUCCAAGUUUCGAAAAUACUUAAGUUAACAAUGAUGAAUUAAAAUAAGUUGAAUAAGAUUUCUUCUAAGAAAUUCUCUAUUAAAAAAUUAUGGCUCCUCAAAAUUUAACUCCUUAAAAUAUCAUUUUUGCUUGGAGAUAUGGCUUCGAACCAAAAAUUAAAGAAAUACUUGAUAAAUUCAACAAAAUAAAAACUGAAUGA